UUUAGAUAACCCUCAAGACGACGAUGACCACCACUAUACUUGUGACUUCGUUUUCUAAUUCAUCAAUACCACCUUUUCUCCAGCAGAGCCCGAAGGUUAACUGCUCUGACCUGUCCUCACAGAAAAAUGGCACUGCAACUUCCAACCAUCUUCCAGAUUUGUUGAUGUCCUGCUUUACUAUGACUUUUGGCACGAUCUCCAACCUCACUGCUUUGGGAAUCUUAGCUAAAUCACGAGCAAGAUUCCGGCGUCAGUCUAAAGCACCAUUUUUUCAUUUAACCGUGGCAUUACUUUUGGCUGACCUUGGAGGUCACCUCAUCUUAGGUGCCUUUGCACUGCAUAUGCACGUAAAUAAGAAGUGGACAACUACUACAAACAACAAUAUAAACUUUUGCCCAUUUUUUGGAGCAAGCAUGGUUUUUUUUGGGUUAUGCUCGUUACUUAUUGGAUGUGCCAUGGCAGUUGAGCGCUGUGUUGCAAUCACUCAACCCUUUUACCACAUAUCCACUAUUACAGUUGCCCAUGCACAGGGAAUGGUGUUGCUUUUGUGCUCUGUUGCUUGUACUCUGGCUCUACUACCUGUAUUUGGUGUGGGGAAUUACUCUAUCCAGUUUCCUGGCACAUGGUGCUUUUUGCAAAUUCAUGAACCACAGACUGCUGCAGACAAAAACCUGGUGAUGACCUUUUCCUGUCUGGGCCUCACUGCGCUCACUCUUUCCCUGCUUUGCAACAUCCUGAGUGGCCUGGUGUUACUCCAAGCGAGAAGGAAGUCCUGCAGCAGCACUAAUACUUCAACACGUUUUGCUCGACGAGGAUCGUCUGCGUCAUCUUCCUCCUUGUUUUGUUCACUGGAUAUGGAGAUGAUUGUACAACUUGCUGUGAUCACUGUGGUGUCCUGUAUCUGCUGGGGCCCAUUCCUUUUUCAGGUCCACAUUACUAUUAUCCUGCACAAAUCAAGUCCCAGACUGUCAGCUAAUAUGAAGGAUGGGUUUACCCUAUUGGCUUUACGCAUGGCUGCCUGGAAUCAGAUACUGGACCCAUGGGUUUACAUCUUACUGAGAAAAACGGUGCUUUCAAGGGUUUGCCGUGGAUUUUACUUUCAAAGAACAACAAUGUCUGCGAACAGCUAUUCUGUAGAAUAUCAAAGAGAGGUGUUUCGUUUGCAUUGACCAAGUUUCCUUAAAGGCCCACUCCAAUCAUCUUUAGAUCUAUUUUUAAAAAAACAUUCUCAGU